AUGAAAUUCUGGAAUGAAUAUAUUAAAUCGAUUACAUUAUCUCAUGAACAAUUAUUUCAAAUAGGUUUGGUAACAAGAAUUUCACCGUCAAAUCUUAUUUGUUUAUUACAACAACAAAAAGAAUACGAUUCUGAUAAAUCUGUAUCAUUUGUAUUGACAAAAGAUCAAUGGACAUCACUCGGGGAUGCAAUUGUUAAUUGGGCUUUAGAACAACAAAUGGAAAGAGCUUUGCAUUUUGCAAAUGAUAACAAAUGGGAUGAAUUUAAAAACGAAUCAUCACAUAUUCCCUAUUCAAAGUGGAUUCCAUCCGAAAACAUGUCUUGGUUAAUUUUGGAAUUAGAAAUGAAUAUCACAAUUCGAGAUAUUCAAAUACGAGUAGCCAAUCAUAUGAUAAAACCAAAUUUGACAACAAAUAAUUCAACAAUACAAAGUAUUGUCAUGCAAAUGAAUAUGGGCGAAGGAAAAACAUCUGUUAUUUUACCUAUGUUAUGUGUUAGUUUAUCUUCAUCUAAUUCAAGUUUAGUUCGUAUUAUUGUACUUAAAUUUUUAUUUCCAACAAAUCAUCAAUCAUUAAGAUAUAAAUUAGGUGGUUUAUUAAAUCGACAAGCAUUAGAUAACUGUGAUAUAGUACUAACUUCACCAGAAGAUAUUCUUUCAUUUGAUUUACUUACAAUUGAUCAAUGUCGACAAAAGGAAUUCAAUGUUGCUAGUUCUAUGUUAACAGUACAACGAUGGUUAAAAAAGUUUGUUCGUGAUAUUUUAGAUGAAUCUGAUGAAAUUUUACAUGUUAAAUAUCAAUUAGUUUAUACUGUUGGUGAUCAACAACAAUUAGACGGAUGUGCAGAACGAUGGAGAACUAUUCAAAUAAUUCUUGAUUUAGUGAAAAAACAUGCCGAAGAUAUUUCAAAAUGUUUCAAUGAGGACGUUUUUUAUGAACCAUCUAAACGAAAAAGUGCAUUUCCACAAUUUCGUUUGCAAUCACAUAAACCAUUUUCAUUCUUGUGUAGAAAAGUUGCAGAUGAUUGGAUUAAUUCUAGAAAUUAUCGUUAUGAAGAUAAACAAAGAAUUUUAGCGUUUAUUUCAGAAGAAACUUCAUCAGUUGAACAUCUUGAGAAACAUUUUCCACAAAAUGAUAUUCAAUUAUCUCUUAUUGUUCGUGGUUUAUUAUCAUCUGAAUUUUAUUAG